UUCCUCGAGCAGUUUCUCACAAAUGGCGAACGUUGUUCCCACUAAGGUGAAAAAAUAUCGAACAAUAAAAACUACUCCACAGUAGAAAUCAACUGUCGCUCAACAAUCCCAGACCACUGUUCUGUCUCCUUUGCAAAUUAGUAAAAGCUUCAUCUGAGAUGGAAGACGAUGAACCUUUUCUCUCCCUCCAAUCAAAACCUCAACUUCGGUCCAUUCUUGAAGACGGCCAUCAUGGCUUAUGCUUCAAACGCACACAAUCAGAAAUCCAAGACCACCAACAAACUCUACCCCCUUCUCACCUCGCCUGGUCCAAGAACCACGGUUCUCUCCACCGCUGUAAAACGGCUCCAGCCAUGCCAAUCAUGCGUGACCUGAAGCCCAAAACACACCAAGUUCCCAAACCCCAAUCAGAGUCCAGAACCAUCAUCAGGCAAGCCGUGUUCUUGCUAUCCAUUUACUUGUUACUCGGUGUCGCUAUUUACUCUUUCAACACGGAUGAAUUCUCCGGCAUCGAGACUCACCCGGUUGUCGAUGCUCUUUACUUCUGUAUAGUCACCAUGUGUACCAUCGGUUACGGCGAUAUAACCCCCUUAACCCCCGCUACCAAGAUUUUCGCCUGUGUUUUUGUAUUGGUCGGUUUCGGUUUCAUAGACAUUCUGUUGAGUGGGGCUGUGAGUUACGUUCUCGACCUGCAAGAGAACAUGAUUUUAACUGGGAUUCACAUGAAGAAAUUGCAGCAAAGGUUUUCGGCUAGGAAUUACAUUGUGGAUGUGGAUAAAGGACGGAUGAGGAUAAGGCUUAAGGUUGGGCUGGCACUUGGGGUCGUGGUGUUCUGUAUUGGAAUUGGAACUUUGAUGUUGUACUUUGUGGAAGGCUUAGACUGGAUCGAUUCGGUUUACUUGUCGGUCAUGUCGGUUACCACAGUGGGUUAUGGGGAUAGGGCGUUUAAGACUCUCACCGGGAGAUUGUUUUCCGGCGUUUGGCUUCUGAUCUCAACGCUGGCUGUGGCUAGGGCGUUUUUGUAUUUGGCUGAAGCAAGGGUCGACAAGAGGCAUCGGAGGAUUGCCAAGUGGGUGUUGCAUAGAGAGGUCACUAUUGAAGAUUUGCUAGCUGCUGGCAUUAACAACAAUGGUUUUAUCAGUAAAUCCGAGUAUGUGAUAUACAAGCUGAAAGAGAUGGGAAAGAUUGGGGAGAAAGAUAUAUUGCAGAUAUGUGAUCAGUUCAGCAAGCUAGACCCAAAUAACUCUGGGAAAAUAACUCUUCCCGACCUCUUGGAAAAUCACUUGUGAUAUUCUGCAGAUAAGCUUAGGAACUUCGGGCAAUGGAUGGGGAAAUGUAUAUAAAGCGAAGCUAGAAUAUAUCUCAGUUGUAUACUUUUUCUAGCUGCAAUUAUGUGAACAGAAAACGGGAUUAGCUAAAGACAGCAACAUGUUUCUGAUUUCAUUAGUGUCUGAAAUCUGAAUUGUAAUUCUUUGUUGCCAAUGUAAUCGUUAUCCA